AUGCUACACAUAAACCCCUUUGAAUUCCGUUCAAAAAAUUUGCGAGAAGAUAUAUUAAAAUUAAUUACAAGGCAUCUUCAUCUUCAUCCUUUAAUUCCAAAUGAAAAUAAUGAAUAUUUUUCAACUAAUGAGAUUUGGGUUAUAUCUGUUAAAGAAAUGUAUGAUUUUGUAUUAAACAUGAUCUUAG